AUGGUGGGUUCCCUGGACUUCUCUGAGCUAAGAGACCUCUUCUCUAUCCUACUUCUCCAGGUGUCCAUGUGGGGCUCAGAUUCAUUCUUGGUCAUUGGUCCAUCAGAGCCAAUUGUUGCCAUGCUGGGUACAGACACAGUGCUGCCCUGCCGUGUGUCCCCGGCCAUGAAUGUGGAGAGCAUGGAGCUGAGGUGGUUCCGCUCCCAGUUCUCAGAGGCUGUGUAUGUGUAUAAGGAUGGAAUGGAGCAGGCGGGAGAACAGAUGGUAGAUUUCAAAGGGAGAGCAGAGUUGGUGAAAGAUUACAUCACCGAGGGAAGAGUCGCUGUGAGAAUCUAUGGUCUCCGGAUCUCAGACAAUGGAAUAUACAAGUGUUUUUUUCAAAAAGGCAGUGACUAUGAAGAAGCCACUUUGGAGCUGAAGGUGAUCGGCCUGGGUUCUGGUCCUCGUGUUUUUAUGGUAGGUCCAGAAGAUAAAGGAAUAAGGCUGACAUGCACAGGCAAGGGGUGGUUUCCCCAACCUGAGGUACAAUGGACAGAUGCAAGAGGAGAGAAGAUACCAUCUCUCUCUGAGGAUGAGAACCAAGACGAUGAUGGGUUGUUUCAAAUAGAGGCAUCUCUCAUUGUGAGAGACAGUUCAAAGACAGAAGUGUCUUGUUCCAUGAAGAACCCCUUCUUUGGACAAGAGCAGGUGGAAACCAUUUCUAUUCCAGAAUCUUUCUUCCCUAGGACCUCUCCUUGGAAGGGAGCAUUUGCUGUGACUUUCCUCUUACUUGGGAUUUUCCUCGGUGCUGUUGUGUUUUUGGCCUGGAAAGAACAACAGGAGAAGAAAAGAGUACAGAAAGUUCAGAAGGAAAAAGAGAAAGAAAGUGAAGCCAAAGAGCUUCUUAAAAAAGAGCUUGACAGAAGGAAGCAGUUAUAUCAACGAGACUGGAGAAAAGCAAAAUUGUAUGCUGACUGGAGAAAGGAACAAUUCAAAGCAGUUGCUGUUACUCUGGAUGGAGACAAUGCUCAUAAAAGUCUCAUCAUAUCUGAGAAUAGAAAACAAGUUUCUUUAACGGGAAAUGUUCCUCAGGACGGUGAUGCCUCAGUAUACCAAGGACAAGAUGAAUCUGAAGAUGUCUUCAGUGUUCUGGGCCAGAAUUCCUUUGAAACAGGGAGAUAUUACUGGGAGGUAGAAGUCAAUAUUGAGACAGAAGCUGUACCUGAAACUAAAUGGGCUGUGGGUGUUUGUUUAAAUUCAGUAACAAGAGAGGGGUGUUUUGUAGAAAGUCCAGAGAAGGGUUUCUGGGUGUUAGCAUACAAGGAAGGAGAAUUCAAGGUUCCCAUCGCCUCAGAGUCACUGUCACCGAGACAGCAUCAUCAAAGGAUAGGAGUUUUCUUGGACCAGGAAGACGGAGAUUUGUCAUUUUACAACAUGCUUGAUGGGUCUCACAUCUUUUCUUUUAUUGGAGUCACCUUACCUAAGACCCUGCGUCCUUAUUUUAGCCUUCAGGGUGCUGGCACAUCUGUGACCAUCUGCUCAACUUCAGAUGACACUGAAAAUUGUCCUGAUUCUUCUCCAAAUACCUCUGUAACUCAUUUAAGGAGUGGUGACAUGGGUGUCCCCCAAGAAGCUAACCGUCUAUUACCUGCAUAA